AUGACGGAGAUUGAACUUAAUGGGAGCUCAGCUGGCCUAUCCGGAUUGACUGCUGUACCAUGGAAGAAUGGGUCGUUGAAUGAAGCUUUGGCAUGUUAUUUCUGUCCUCAAAAGACGCUGCAAGCGGAUCGGCCUAAACUUGGCAAAGUAUUCACAGCUCGAAAUUUGAGUCGCAUAGCAGGCAUUGAGAUUCGUUGGACAACAAAUUUGGCCGACCAUCUUCGUCUUGUAGACGAUGACCAGGUUGUCUUUAUUUUUCACUGCGCGAGUUUUCUUCAGCUGCAAAAGAGUCUCGAUAAGAGCCCAUUUCCGGAUUCAUUUCUCCAAGAAACGCUAGACACUCUCGCGCUUCUCUUCCCUUCCUCAGAUAAUGAGACUACAAACUGGCUAAAGAGCCUUACAAAGAUUGAUCCACGACUAGCAAGAUGUGGUUCUCUUCGUACUCGCGAGCGCAGGCUUGAGAACUUCAAUUACUGGCAUGAUCAGCUAGUCAUUUUGAAGCAGGCGUUUGAUGAAUCUAGCCCUCGAAAUAUAUCACAAUGGUGGUUUGACAGGAGGAAUGGCGUUCAAUGGUAUACAUUUUGGAUAGCAAUACUCGUUUUUGUGGUUACAAUAUUCUUUGGUAUUGUGCAGAGCAUUGAAGGUGCAUUGCAGGUGUACCUUUCUUAUAAGAGCAUCCAAUCCGGUUAG